AUGAACGGAUCUUUAAUCACAGCUACAGAAUUUAUUAUUGGUGGAAUCCCUGGUCUUGAAAGUUAUGAAAAAGAAUUGUUUGCAUUAUUUUUGAUCAUUUAUGUAUUUACCUUAUUAGGAAACGUAUGCGUUAUCGUGCUGAUCGUGGCUGACCGCAGAUUGCACACUCCUAUGUACUUUUUUAUCGCUAAUUUGUCUCUUGUCGAUUUAGUGACCACGACAACAGUGAGUCCGAAAAUGUUAUCCGCGUUCCUGCUUCACGACAACAUAAUUUCAUAUUCGGCGUGUUUCCUACAGAUGUAUGUCUUUCUUUCGUCGGAGUGCACGGUUUGUUUCAUGCUGGCGGUGAUGGCAUUUGACCGUUAUGUCGCAAUAUGCAAUCCCUUGCGUUACAGUAGCAUUAUAACUAAUAAGACAUGCAUUCUCCUAGCCGGCGGUACUUGGUUGUCAGGUUUUAGCUACCCGGCAGUCUCGGUUUAUCAGACUCUUCAUCUGCAAUUCUGUGGCCCAUACACGAUUCCUUAUUGCUUCUGCGACUUUCCCCCCGUGUUGCUGCUGGCGUGUUCGGACACCAGCUCAGUCAUCCAGCUUGGACUUACUCUUGCGCUAGUAGGAAUUAACUUCCCAUUUGUGUUCGUGGAUGUUUCCUAUUCGAAAAUCUUAAUCUCGAUUCUUAAAAUUGCAUCCAGAGAUGGUCGGCGGAAAGCCUUUCUUACGUGCAGCUCACAUCUGCUUUCGGUGUUUACCUUUUACGUAUCCAGCGCUUUUAUGUACGCACUCGUCAGAUCUGAAGCAGUUUCUCUCCAGGCAAGAACGCUCAUCACUCUGUCCUACGCUGUAUUUUUACCCAUGAUUAACCCCUUGAUUUAUAGCUUUAGGAAUAAAGACAUUAAAAACGCUAUAAGGAAACUGUUGUAUGGAUCUGUAAGUCCUUUUCCCUAA